UGCUAGUUUCACUACAUGUCGCAUUAUAUCAGAACAGACAGCAAGUGUUGCCGAGCAGAUUAAAAACUAGAGAAAAAAGAGAAGAACUUGUGUACAAUACAGACAAAUAAGCCAUUCCUUUACAAAAAUAAUUAAAAGGUUAAUUGAGGCAAUUGGCAAUAAAUGGACAUAUUCCGAGGAUGUCAACCCCGUGGAGUUUAUUAGGCUGCAUUAAAACGCUUAAAAAAAGCAAAAAAAAGAGAGCAAAUACAGGACCAAUGGAAAAUGAACCGGAAAAAAUGCAGAUGAAGCAGGAAAUCACACUGUUUAAUGGUGUUUCUUUAAUUGUCGGGAAUAUGAUUGGCUCUGGGAUAUUUGUAUCCCCCAAAGGAGUUCUGAUGUACAGCGCUUCAUUCGGACUCUCUCUCAUUAUCUGGGCUCUGGGAGGAAUGUUUUCCAUGUUUGGAGCCUUGUGUUAUGCGGAGCUGGGCACAUCAAUUCUAAAAUCAGGGGCAAGCUAUGCAUACAUACUCGAAGCUUUUGGUGGUUUCAUUGCCUUCAUCAGACUCUGGUCUUCACUGUUAAUAAUAGAACCCACAACACAGGCUAUUAUCGCCAUUACAUUUGCAAAUUAUAUUGUGCAGCCAAUUUUUCCAUCUUGUCAACCACCUUAUGAAGCUGUUCGAUUGAUUGCAGCGGCCUGCAUUUGCACAUUGACCUUUAUUAACUGUGUCCAUGUGAAAUGGGGAACAAGAGUGCAAGAUGUGUUCACCUAUGCCAAGAUAAUGGCGCUCCUUAUGAUUAUAUCAGUGGGUCUAGCUAAAAUUGUACAAGGUGAAAGUGAUAAUCUAAAGAGUCCAUUUCAGGGAUCAACUUCAAACAUAGGCUCUAUGGCUCUCGCCCUCUAUUCUGCCUUGUAUUCCUAUUCUGGGUGGGAUACUUUGAAUUUUGUUACAGAAGAAAUGAAACGUCCAAAAAGGAAUCUUCCUCUUGCUAUUGCAAUUUCAAUGCCCAUUGUUACUAUAAUAUAUUUGUUGACAAAUGUGGCCUAUUAUGCUGUACUGGAUAUGCCUGAUGUUCUUGCAAGUGAUGCAGUGGCAGUGACAUUUGGCAAUGAAGUUCUGGGAUAUGCCAAGUGGCUGAUCCCAAUAGCAGUCGCAAUGUCAUGCUAUGGUGGAUUAAAUUCUUCAAUUAUUGCCGCUUCCAGGCUGUUCUAUGUUGGAGCACGACAAGGUCACCUCCCUGCAAGUCUGAGCUUGAUUCAUAUGGAGAACUUUACCCCAGUGCCGGCUCUUCUCUUCAAUGGGCUUAUAGCCAUCCUCUAUUUACUCGUGGAAGAUGUUUUUCUGCUUAUAAACUACUAUAGUUUCAGUUACUGGCUAUUCGUGGGACUCUCUGUCGCAGGGUUAAUAGUUUUACGAAUUACUCAGCCUCUAAGGCAACGUCCUGUCAAGGUAAAUCUUUUCUUUCCGGUGGUUUACUGCCUUUGCAGCCUUUUUCUGGUCCUUGUUCCAAUAUACUGUGAUACAAUCAAUUCACUGAUUGGAAUAGGGAUUGCCCUUUCCGGAAUUCCAGCAUAUUUUUUGGGUGUUUACUUGCCAGAGGAGAAACGACCAAAAUGCUUCACUUGGAUCUACACAUCAUUAACAAAAUAUAUACAGCUCUUGUGCAAUUGCUGCAUGACUGAUCCAGACAAUGACAAAGAAAAGGAAAAAUAAGGUUCAGAAGAUCAGAGAAGAAUCAACACUUUUCGGGAUUUCUAAACCACUUGAGACAAUGAGAAAUUGCACUUUAUAUAACGCAUGAUGUAUUUAAUCAUUUGAUUUUGUGUAUAUAUUUUUAUUAUAUCAUAUCUUCUAUUUUGAAUUGGGUUGAUGUAUAUGCUGUACAUCUUGGCAUGAUAUGUUAGGGAACAUCAAAAAGUGGAAAACUGUAAUGUAAAUAUAGCACUAUUGUCCUUAACUGAAAUGUUUUAUGAAAUGUUUUGUUCAGCAUUACCAUAAUCUGAUUCCAUUAUUUUGACUUACUGUGACCCCAAAUGUGUAGAGUUUUUGGGUUCAGAACCACGUAUUCUGGUUUUCUCACCAAUUUUGGUUUGCAGGCAACCUGGUGAUGGAUACUUGAAUAUACAAAAUAUAUUAUACGUUGGAAAGAUAUUUCUACAAUUUGAGAUACACAGAAAUUAUAUUUUUUGAACAGUUGAAAUCUAUAUGUGAUUGCCUCCCACGAUUAAAUUUUGUAGCAGUAGAAAUCUUACCGAAUUAAACCAAAUGUAUAACAUAAUAAUUUCUAACGUUUCUCAGCUUUUUUUCUCAGUUUCUUCAUAAUGCUGUGAAAAUAAAGAAAAGGUUUUAUUGUCAA